AUGAAGAAAUUUGAACUAAGCUCUAAGCCAAAGAUUAAAUUAGCAAAAGAGAAAAUCAGUGAGAAAAAAAUUAUAGUUUCAUGUGAUACUUUUUUGUUCGUGUUUAUUAAUUUGCUUUUUUUGAAAAUAAGGGCAAACAAAAAAAUAAAUAAAAACCAAGAAAAAAGAAAAAAAACCGUAAAGAAAGAAGUAGAUGUUGUGAAGUUUUUCAUAAGAAAAAUAAAAGUGAAAAUUGUCGCUUAUUUGGAUUACAAAUUUAGCGAAGAGAAAUUAGUUGUUGCUACUCAGAUAAGAUAA